UUUAUUGAUUUAUUCAUUAUGCAUUAGUUACCAUAAUGUAAAUGUGGAUAUGUACAUUGUUAGCGUAAAGAUAAAAUAAAGACUUUCAGAUAUUUGAUAUUUUAUAACGUAAACAAUUGAAGAUGUCGGAACAUGUUGCCAUUCUGCCAGGACUUUGGAAACUGAACUUGAAUAUUACAUUUGAAAAUGAUAUGAAGUUAACUGCUGAUGCUGUAGAUGGAUUAAAGAAGCGUAUAACCGACGAAAACAUAAUAGUUCAUAAUGUUCUUGAAAACAUGAUCGCCAUCUUGAAAAACAAGUCAUCUCGUGGAAAGAUCGAAUCAAGGAAAUGCCUAGAAAAUAUACUGAGUCGCGAUCCUAGAAACUUAAAUGCAUUAGCUGAUAUUGAACAUCUUAGUCGUACUCAACACAGAACUUCCGAGGCCGAUCAGUAUAAAACAAGACUAGAAAAUAUUUUGCAAGGUCAAACUAUUAAUGAUUUUCGAACAAAAUCAGUAUGUUUAAUGGAACAAGGAUAUGCAAUCCUGUAUGAAGAAUCUGCAAACAUUGAACAAAUUUCAAAAAACAGACUUUCCGAAAGCUAUAGAAUGUUAUUGUCUGAACAUAAAAAGGGAACAGGUCGAAGGAAAGAUUACCUACAACGGUGCGUUUAUCACAAUAAACAGGCACUGAGCAAUUUGCAGUUGGCAAUCGAAUGUAAAGGUCAAAGUGAAAUGCUCACUAGAAAAAUAACAGCUCUAGAGAAAUUUGAGGAAGCAAAAAGUAUAUUUGAUUUGAUAAAAGAGAAUAUCAUUUGGUCUUUUUACAUAGGCGUAGCACUUAAUAGAAAAUACGAUUCCAUUGAAAGUUUAAGUAACGAAGAUGGGAAAGAUAGAUCGGAAGAAAUGAAAAAUGUCACUUUGAAGGCAACUGAUAUAUUUUGGAAAAUAAUUUCAAGUAAAUGUCCAACUGACCAAAGUCUUGUUGUAUAUCAGGCAAGGUCGUUUGCCCUAAUCGGACACAUUCUUAUUCGACGUAAACAUUGUGUUCAAACAUCUGAGGAAACGUAUACUUUUACCAGCGAUCAAGUUUUUCAAGUUUUUCUCAACAACCCCAUUUUGCCGUUUGAGAAAGCACAAGAAAUGAUACAAAGUGACACGCUUAUUCUUAAUCGUUAUGGAAGGGCAUUAUGGAAUUUAUCAGAACAACAUCAUGCCCGAACAGAUAAGAUAGAUUUUCUUCGCAAGGCUGAACGUUUAUUAUCAAAUUCCAUAAAAGAGAGUUCUCUUAACUGGUUUGGUUAUACUACUAGAAUGUUAGUAAGAAAAGACAUUGGACUUUUUUAUAUUGGAAACAAUAAACCAAGAGCAAAAUCUUUUUUUGAACUUGCAGUCAAAGAUGGUUACCAGUGUUUCAUUUCCAAAGGUACACCAAAAGCAAUAUGUCAACUUGCCGAAAUUUGUCAGUUCUUAGGAAAAUUUCCAGACAUACGGAAGUACGGAAUCAGAUAUGUUAAAGAAAACGAAAAACGGUAUUUACUCGACGCUUUAGAUUACUUAAAUUUUGGACUCCACCAGGGCGGUCCAACUGACUAUUUUCUCGCAUAUCAUAUGGGAACCGUAUUAUAUGACUUAGAUGAGAUAAAAUCUGCCAUUGACUGGAUGAAGCGAGCUGUGUCUUUAUCUAAUACGAAUUCGAAUAUGGCACUGAAACUUGCAUGUCAAUAUAUGAUAAAAAGAUAUAUGAAGGAGGUAGAUGAAAAACUCAAUGUAGUUUAUCUAUUGAAAGAGUUUGUGUUUACAAUGAUGAAAGGGAAAGAAAAAUAUGAAAAGAUCCCAGAUGUUUAUAAAUUUAUUUUCAAACACGAGAAAGAGGCUUUUAUGAGAGUAAUUGCAGAUAUUUUCAAGAUACCACACAUAUUAGACGGGCCCAGGGUAAAGUUGAUUACAGAGUGCAUACAAACAUGUACUCCAUUGUUGACGAAUGACAUAGAAAAUUCACAAAUUUUCCAUGAAUACAUUAGAGCAGUCCCAGAAUUGAAACUUAUGGAUGACAUUGAGCCACAGUUACAAGAAAGGUCUCAAUCGAAUACAGUUCCUAUUGGACCAGGAAACAAUAAUUCACCAGAAGGAUUUGUCUACGAUUUUUUUGUAUCUCAUAGUCAUAAAGAUGCUGACUGGGUCUUGAGUCGUCUUGUAGCUGAUUUAGAAUCUGCAUUCACAGAUGACGAUGUGGUUCUUAGGGGUUGUAUAGCGGAUCGUGAUUUUGAACCUGGUAAAUUCAUAUUUGAAAAUAUUGAAAAUUCUCUCAGGAAAAGUUCAAAGAUAUUAUUGGUUAUAACCAAUAAUUUUGUUAGCAGCUACUGGUGUCAGUUUGAAACCAGUCAAGCAUUACUUGAGUCAAUGGAAUCUAGAAAAGAUUGUAUAAUUCCACUUUAUCUUGAAGAGUGUAAUAUUCCAGAUAAACUAAGACAUAUAACAUAUGCUGAUUUUACUAAAGAUGAUGAGUAUAUUUUCGAAAUUAUGAAACUUAAAAGAGCCCUCCUGCCUGAAUGAUCAGUAGGUUAUACUCUAAUUUAUUGUUUUUCAGAUCUAGGCAAUUGUAAUAAUGCUGAACAUAAUUAUGUUGAUAAAUAAUUUGUCAUCUAAUUUGUGUGCAAAAAAAUGUUUAUAAUAUGAAAAAAGUAUACCAAUAUGAGUAUUAAUAUCAU